AUGCCCACGGCAGAGAAUGGAGUCAAGGUCAUCUGCCUUGGUGACAGUGCCGUCGGCAAGUCCAAGCUGGUGGAGCGCUUCCUCAUGGACGACUACAAGCCCCAUCAGCUCUCCACCUUUGCGCUCACACUUUUUCGACACAAUGCCAAGGUCGAGGGCAAGGAUGUCGUCGUGGACUUUUGGGACACUGCGGGUCAAGAGCGCUUUGCCUCAGUUCACCCCUCCUAUUACCACGAGGCACACUCGUGCAUCCUGGUUUUUGAUGUCACACGCAAAGUCACAUACAAGAACUUGCUGACCUGGUACAAGGAGCUGCGAGAGUACCGGCCCAAGAUUCCUGUCAUUGUGGUGGCCAACAAGAUUGAUGUCGAUUACUCGGUCACCAACAAGGCCUUUGGCUUUCCCAAGAAGCAUAACUUGCCAUUUUACUUUGCGUCGGCAUCCGACGGAACCAACGUCGUCAAGAUCUUUAACGAGGCCAUUGCAAAUGGCGUGAGGUACAAGGCCAACUCGGACGACUUUGUUGACCAGGUUCUUGAGUUGUUGCACGAGGACGGUUUUGACUAG